CUGGGGGUAGAGGAUCAUGUGGCUAUCCUGACCUUCACUCUUUGCCCUAGAACCAUGGAUCCCAAUGAAAUGCCUGCCGUGUCCUGCUGUCCCCCCGACCCCAUCACUGGGCUUGAGACCGGAGCCCCGUGGGGGAUUGGAUUUAGGUCUAUAAGAGCUAUACGUCGCUGUGUCCGCUACUGGAACCAUGGCAUCACUGACCAAGUCAAGGACCCAGGGCACCUCUGCCUCUUCCAGGCCUGCAAGCGUCGCAAUUGUUCCCGCUUCUCGGAACACUGCAGCAUCUUGCCUGCUGAGCAUGCCUUGAAGAGGGAGCUGGGGCCACACCAAAGGGGGCCCCUGACUCGAAGUCAGCUAAAGAGACUGAGCACCCUUCCGAAAGCUCAGAGCCAUGUCGAGAAGGAGGCCAUUCAAGAAGGAGUCAUCAGCAAGCUGCCAAGGAGCUCUGCUGAUCGGUCAAGCCUCGGAAUCUUUGUCUCUGUCCUGGACUCCAGCACCCUUGAUGAAGCAACUAACAAUUUCUCUUUCGAAGAAGUCCCACAGGCCCCCUGCCUUGCCCAGCAGGUGAGUAGAGUGGGAUGA